CGACGCUGCUCGUUUUUGUCGCCAUCACAUCUCACGAUGGUUGCAGCGUCGUCGUCUUCGCGGGCCAAGCCCGUGAAGCGCGUGAAGGGUGGGACAGAGACCACCAAGUCGCAUCGAUUCGAGCCGUUUUCCCAGCGUGUCGCAAAAUUGAAGAUCGACCCCAUUCAUCGCGUGCGCCGACCCAGCUUUGGUGAAGAAGCCGAUGAGACGUCCUCCUAUUUCCGGUCGGCCUUCGAGCACUGGACCGAGUUGAACCUGUCCGACAAUUUCGUGCAAUUCGCCCGCCGAGUGAACCCGCUGUGCGAGAGCUUGGCUCAGAUUCUGUACCAUGAGGAGAAGAUAAUGAACUUUUUGGUGGAGUACAUCGAGAAGAGGGAUAAGUUGUCGAUUGAGCCGCUGCUGGGUCUUCUUGCCCAGUUCGCGCGCGAUUUGGGCGUCAGGUUCGAGAAGCAUUUCGCGACUGCGGUCACUUUGGUGGCUUCUGUCGCCGCUAGCCAUCCUGAUGUCGAGGUUGUCGAAUGGUCCUUCUCCUGCCUUGCUUGGAUCUUCAAGUUCCUUUCCCGACUUUUGGUUCCGGAUCUCAGACAGCUGCUAGGUAUCAUGACGCCUUACCUUGGAAAAGAACGCCAAAAGUCGUUUGUUGCCCGCUUUGCCGCCGAAUCGAUGUCGUUCCUUAUUCGCAAGGCUGGUUUGGUUUAUUACAAGAACACGACUCCUCUUCAACGCGCGGUAUCUUUCCUGCUCGAGGACUUGCGCCAGACCGCUGGGGAGGAUAAGAACGUGGAGAUGUACAAGGAUGGACUGAUGGCAAUGUUCGCUGAUGCCAUCAAAGGCGUCAAAUACGGCAUCCACUCAAACGGAGGCGAUAUCCUCAGCUGUAUCCUGGACAACAUUUGCACCGGCGAUGACCUGCAGAGUAGUUUGGGACUGGAGGUCGCAAGCGGAGUGGUUACCAACAUCCUCCACAACACUACCGUCGACACUUUCGAGCCGAUCCUAGAUCUCGUCAGAUCAUAUAUCGAAAAGAACUGCACCAAAGGCGAAAAGCAGCACGCUACCGCUUGCUCUCGGCUGAUCUUCGUGUGUGUCACUACUCGGAAGGGAACGCGUGUCAAGAACUGGAGGCCCGUACACCAGACACUGCUUCUUCUGCUCCAGAAUGCUGCUGGUGCUCCUGGUGCGUAUGCUGAAGCUAUACCCCAGCUUCUCACCACUGUCGCAUACGCGCUCCAGAUAUCGCCGAUGGAUGAAAUGCUGCCGUUCAUGCGCUCGAUAAUGGAUGCCGUGUCGAAUGAUGAACUCUCGGCGCAUUUCCUCGCAUUUUGUGCCACAUUCUCUGAAUGGGGGCCAGAGAGAUUCCACAGUGUUGUCCUUCCUUAUUUCCAAAAGUUUGUCAACACAUCAUGGAAGGAGCACGAGUACGAGCUCUGCUUGUCCUUGCUCCGUUUGAACCAUGCUGGUUGCAUCACAUCCGAAGUCGCCAAACCUGGCUAUAUCACUUGUCCUGCUUCUUGGAAGUCUCGUGUCAAAGACACGUUCAACAAGCCUAACCACAGCGCCACUGAAGUGUCCCUUCUUAACGCAUACUCCAAGCUUCCCAGCGCAUUGUCUCUCUCAACAGAACCGUCUUUGAUACCUGAGUUGACCAAAACCCUACACGGUCAUCUCAUCCGCAACCUGAAGAAGAAGAGCACUGAUCCCUCGGCUACAACCAAGUUCUUCUUGGGUCAGGGGUUCAAGACUUACGUGGACCUUGCUACCGUUGCUGGUAACAUCGACUCUAGUCUUUGGGACCGCGUUAGCAAGGUAGCGGCACAAUACUCUCGUCUUCCGACCUUUCUUGAGGCCACUCUGGGAUACAUUUCCGCCUGCAAAAAGGACAUUGACCUUCAACACUCGACUAUUGAAGACUUUGCGGAAGACCUGAUUUCCAACCUCAGCGGGCCUUCCCACAAGCUCCGAUUGUUAUCUUUGAGGAUUCUGCGGGAACUUGUGCUGGCCUCCGGCGAGGAUGCCGACCUUAUCUCAACAGCCAUUGAAAUCGAGGAGAGCCCAUUGACUCUGCAAAGUGCUAGGGUUCUGGCAAUGCAUGUGCGUAAGCUUGCCUUGUCUUAUCCACAAGUGGUUUCACGCAGAUGGAUGGCCAGGUUGCUUCCUCAUUUCUGCUUUGGUUUGUUGUCAAAGAAGAUGGCGCCAUUGUGGGACGAUGCUGCCUCUGCCCUUAAGUCGAUGAGUGAACUGCCAGAGGGUGAGAAGAUUGUCUCGGAUCUCGCAUUCCAGUGGCUUGAUGAGAGAGGAUCAGGUGAGGCAGCUGCGGACGCGAGUGAUGAAGACAGCACUGAGUCCUACGUUGGUGGUCACUAUACCUGCUCCAACACGCUGAAGAUUGAGGAUAUCUCCGCCAAGUAUUUCGAAAACCCCGAGCAACCCGUAACAACUUUGUCCGAAGGGUUUGAGAAGGACCACACGUUCUCGGGUGUUAUUCCUGCCUCGCCUAGAACCCAAGCUAUGCGUGUGCUCAACGCUGUCCCGAACAUUGCUGAAAAGAAAUCCCGCCAGAUCAUUCCCCUCUUCCUAUCUUGGGCUCUACGCGACGAGGACGACGGCCCUGGCGCAGAUUCGAAAGAUUCCAAUGUGCCCUAUAUUCCAUGGGGUUUCCACGAUCGGUUGGCGUUCCUUGGCCUCCUUGGCCAGUUCCUCAAUCCCCGUGUAUUGUACAAGGCACCGGAGGUCCAUGAGGCCCUUCUGGGAUUGCUGUGCCACGGUAAUUCUGAAAUCCAAAAGGCUGCACUCAAGGCCCUUUUCACCUGGAAGUCUGCGAGCAUCACACCCUACCAGGAAAACCUCCUCAACAUCUUGGAUGAGUCGCGAUUCAGGGAUGAGCUUUCUGUGUUUGUUCGGAUUGGCGGUGAUGACAGUCUGAUCGAAGAAGGGCACCGACCCGAGCUUGUUCCUGUUCUCCUUCGGCUUUUGUAUGGUCGUAUGAUCUCGAAGGCCGGUGCAAGUUCCGGUCAGGCAGGCCAGGCUGGUCGGAGAAAGGCCAUUUUGAGAACGUUGUCGCAGUUGCCUGAUAAAGAAUUUGAGAUCUUUAUGCAGGUUUCAUUUGGAGCACUUGGAGAGCUCGACCUGGUACAAGAUGGUAAAAUCAACCAGCAGGCUUUCGAACAAGAGCUGGUCACCCCUAGGCGCCAAACAGGUUUGUUGAAGAUGAUUGAAACCGUCUUCGACACGCUUCAGAGCCGGGUGGCCCCUUAUGCCGAGAAGUCCAUGCAAGUGGUUCUCUACUGCCUCGUUCGGGCAUGCCGAGAGAUUGAAAAAGAUCAACCAACGCCCGCCGCCGAUUCGCAAGAAGGACGCCUGUUGACAGUUCUGCGCAAUAUUCGACACACCUGUAUACGCUGUCUGGAACUUAUCUUCUCCACCACGCAGGAUCGGGAUUGGUCGCCCUAUGUUGGUGUCAUCUUCCAGGAUGUUAUCAACCCUAGGAUCGAGAACUUUGCAACAGAAACCGCUCAAGGCGUGUCAGGUCUUCUUCGGCUUUUCCACGUCUGGGCUUCUGCUCCCAGAUCCACAUUCUAUUUCGUCCAGCAUAAUGACGUUGUCCUGAAGAAGGUCGUGGACUGCCUCGGCGUAAAUUCCGCUCGUGACGAAGUCAAGGUCUUUGUCAUGGACGAGAUUCUAGUGCCACUUGUCAACAUUUCAACGGGCAAAGAGCUUCAGGAGCAAGAGAAGAUGAGCGAUAUUCCUGCUGACGAAGUUCGAUUUCAGAUUUUGUCUCCUUACAUCGAGCACACCCUGUCUCAUCUCAGUAGACUGCUCAAGCGCGGCCCUUCCCGGCCCGUCUUGAUUUCUGGCGUGCAGGCCCUUUCUCUUAUCGCUCCAUGUGUUGAGUCGUCAAAGGAGACAUACAGCCUCAUCAGUAUCACCACCUAUCUACUCCGUCAACCUCCGGACCGCGUGUCUCCGAAAACCAAGUCUGGUUUGCUACGGACUUUAGAACAUUUCCUGCCCUUAUUCGACCCGAAGGAGGAUGCUUCUCUAUCCCAAGAAGUUUUCGAAGCUGUGUCCUCGAUGUUUGAUUACUUCAAGGACAAUGCAAACAGAGAAAUUCUGGCUAGGGUUUUCACGGCAUUUGCCACACGGGAUGAAGAGCUCGUUCAAGUCGCUUCUCUUUGCGAGGACCUUAACUCCGUGUCCAUGAAGAGACUCGAAGUGGAUUAUGAACGUCGUCUACAAGCUUUCCGGGAGGUCAACGAGAAUCUCUGGGACAAGCUCAGCGCCAAGCAGUGGCGUCCUCUUCUCUACAACAUGCUGUACCAGGUCAAGGAUGAAGAGGAACUUGCGAUUCGGGGAAGCGCUUCAUUUGGACUGAAGCGUUUCAUGGAACGGGCUGUUCUUCCCACCGGUGGCGAUGCCGAAGAUUUCGAACCUCUCGUCACAGAGGUUCUGUUCCCUGCUCUGCAGGGUGGCAUUCGUCAGAAAUCAGAGCUCAUCAGAUCCGAGUUCCUAUCCGCUCUUGGAUACUUCGUCAAGCUGAACCCAGAGCGCCCGGCUGUGCAGGAUUUGCAUGUAUUGCUUGUUGGUGAUGACGAAGAAGCGUCUUUCUUCAACAACGUUCUUCACAUUCAGCAGCAUCGUCGCCUUAGAGCCUUGCGCCGUCUUGCCAGCGAAGCAGCCAAGGGUAACCUCCAGGCUUCGAACAUCAGCACGAUCUUCAUCCCUCUCAAUGAGCACUUUGUGUUUGACGAGGAAGCUGACGAGGCUGCCCACAACCUUAUCGCGGAGGCUGUGAACACUAUCGGAGCCCUUGCUGAAUGGUUAGAUUGGAGCCAGUUCAGGGCUAUUUUCCGGAGAUACCGUGGUUACAUGCAGAGCAAGUCUGACAUGGAGAAGAACAUCCUGAGGCUUUUAGGCAAGAUGUCGGAUUCUUUGACCAACGCCAUGAACCAGCACAUCGCCAUCAAAGCGGCCGCUAAAGAUGGAAUGGAUGGCUUGGAAACUUCCGCGCCUACUUCUACGCUUGCUCGGUCCAUCCCAUCAGUCACUAAGGUUGCGAACGAGCUGACGACAAACUUUACCCCCCAGUUGACCGAUUUCAUCCACCACAAGAAUGAGGCACAGAUGAGUCUGCGUUUACCUGCUGCCGUCACGACCAUCAAGCUUUUAAAGUUGUUGCCAGAGACCGAUAUGUCAAUUCGGUUGCCACCAGUUCUCCUGGAUGUCUGCAGUAUCCUCAAGAGUCGCACCCAGGAAACGCGAGACACUGCUCGGAAAACCCUGAACGACAUUGCUAUUUUGCUUGGCCCAUCCUACUUUGGUUAUAUUCUCAAAGAGCUUCGGACUACUCUCACCAAGGGUUACCAGCUUCACGUGCUGUCUUUCACGGUCCACUCGAUGCUUGUCUUCACAACGGAUGAGUUCAAGCAGGGCGACCUGGAUUACUGUCUGACGGACCUGAGCUCCAUUGUUAUGGAUGACACUUUCGGCACUGUAGGUCAGGAGAAGGAAGCCGAGGAGUAUGUGAGCAAAAUGAAGGAAGUCAAGAGCAGCAAGAGUUUCGACUCCAUGGAGCUGCUGGCGAAAAACUCUACCGUCCGGAACUUGGCGGGUCUGGUCCGGCCCCUGCAAUCGCUUCUGCGGGAAAAGCUCAACUCCAAUAUUGUGAGGAAGGUCGACGAGCUUCUGCGGAGAAUUGGAGUCGGCCUUUUGAGGAACCCAGGUGUCGAAAGCCGUGAUAUCCUGAUGUUCUGUUACGAAGUCAUCAAGGAGACAUAUAACGCGCCGGUCAAGGUCCAGACACAAGUUGCCAAGACUGCCCAGGAAGAGAACCUGUUGAUCAAUCUUCACGGAUCCAAGCGAGGCGAGAAACGCGGUGCUACCUCGUCUUACAUCCACAAAUUGACGCGCUUCUCUCUGGACGUCCUGCGUGCCAUUCUCAGCAAGCACAGCUCCCUGCUCACCCCGGCUAAUCUCACAGGAUUUGUUCCGAUUAUUGGCGAUGCGCUGGUCCAGGCCCACGAAGAAGUCAAGAUCUCGGCUCUUCGUCUGCUGUCAACCAUCAUCAAGCUUCCCAUCCCGGAGAUUGACAGCAACUCGCACGUGUAUUUCACUGAAGCAGUGAAGGUGAUCAAGGAGGCUCCGAGCACGAACACUGAGGCCGCUCAAGCAUCACUGAAGUUGGUCUCCGCCAUGCUCCGGGAGAGAAAGAGCACCAAGCUCAGAGAUGGACAUCUCGCAUACCUGCUUCAACGUAUUACGUCUGACAUCGAAGAGCCCGACCGCCAAGGUGUCACCUUCAACUUCAUCCGGGCUGUUAUGGCAAGGAAAUUUGUGGUUCCUGAAGUGUACGAACUGAUGGACCACAUCGCUACCAUGAUGGUUACGAACCAGGCUCGCUCUGCACGGGACCUCGCUCGCGGCACAUACAUUCAUUUCCUGAUCGAAUACCCGCAAGCCAAGAACCGGUGGACCAAACAGCUCAGUUUCCUGGCUAAGAAUCUGGAAUACAAGCACCAGGAUGGUCGCCAAUCGGUCAUGGAGGCGAUCCAUAUGCUUUUGGCCAAGACUGGAGACGAGCUCGCCCAGGACAUUGUCAGCACCUUCUUCCUGCCUGUGGUCAUUGUCAUGGCGAAUGAUGACGCUCCUGAGUGCAGAGAAAUGGCCGGCACACUGCUCGGAGAACUCUACACCCGGGCAGAUAGGGAGCAAAUGAAGACCAUGCUCACCCCUCUUCGUUCUUGGGUGGAGCAAACAGACAACUUGCUUCUGACCAGCACCGGAUUGCAAGCCAUGCGGAUCUAUUUCGAGGUGGAAGGCACCGAAAAGGACAAGGAGGCUCGGUUCGUCGUGGACAUGCUCCCGGCCAUCAUGCAACCAGUUCUCAAGGCCGAGGAGACCGAGAACUGGCAAGCUCUCUACUUCUCCCUCCAGCUCUUCUCCAAGCUCUGCAAGUCUGUUCCUAACAUUGCGCUCGCCAAGGAACGUGCCAAAAUUUGGGCCGCGAUCCGUGAAUGCCUGUUCUACCCCCAUGCCUGGGUCAAGACCUGCGCCGCGAAUCUUGUCGGCACCUGGCUUGCGGACCUGGCCAAGCACAAUGCGGCAGUUGGAUACGGUUCUCUCCCGUUGGCUGGUUCCACGGGAUUGGGGCUGGACAAGGACGCCAUGCUGCAGCUGAUCCGUGCCAGUUUGCGCUCCCUUCGCACUCCCGCCGUCAGCGAGGAGCUCGCCAUGCAGUCCGUCCGCAACAUCAUCUUCCUCGGCCGGUGCUGCGCCCAAAACGGCCUUGAGUUUCCCAAGGCCGGCGACAAGGACGCCGAAUCGGAUGCCAGCGAUAGCGAGGACGAGGCGAAUGGCGAGGAGACCGAACGUCCAGUGGACGCACCCAAAUCCGCCAUUCGCUACAUCUUCGAGCAGACAUCGUCCAUUCUGCGUCGGGAGCUGCUUACUACGCGGGCCGAAUCUCUGAUCCCCAAGACCGCUUCCAUCGGCCUCUUCGCCUCGCUCUGCCGGCACCUUGAGGUUGAUCAAAUCCGGGAAUCCCUGUCGGUCAUCCUGCUCCCUCUUCUGCAUAUGACCGACCCCAAUAUCCCGCCCCCUCGGUCCUCCGACGAAGUCUUCCGGGAAUCCUACAAGGGCCUGGUCUCCAACUGCCACGAGGUGCUUGACAUUAUUCAGAAGAAGCUGGGACCCACCGAAUACAUCAGUCAGAUGGCGAAGGUCCAGGACGCCAUCAAAGAGAGACGUGAAGGCCGCCGCGUCAAGAGACGCAUCGAAGCCGUCACCGAGCCGGAGCGGUACGAGAAGGACAAGCGGAGACGCAACGACCGCAAGCGCGACAAGAGAAAGGAGAGAGGAGCAGAGCAUCGCAGCCGGAGACGCGGCUUCUAGACGAGUGGCACGAUUGCAUAUUCUGGGUAUCGAACGGCGUUGGGAGAAUAGGAGAUCAUUUCGAUUCGAGUAUAGUACAGAUUCUUCCUUCCUUCAUAAAAGUACAGUGUAUGUCCUGGAGCAGAGUGUAUAUAGUUGUCUUUCCAUCAUUCCAUCAUUCUUUCUUCUUUCCUUUCAAAGAGGUAUCUCUACCACCAAAAUCAACCAUAACGCCUCUCCUCAUUAGAUCGCUCAACUUUUAUACAACCACAUUAUCUACCCCC